GAGCAAUCCAAGCAAACAUAGAAAUCUUACGCGAUGAGAUGGGAGGAGAUACACAUUACCGCAUUUCGACCUGACCAAGUUUGUUCCUCCUAAAGCAAGAACUGGUGGAGCUACCAUGAAGCUGUACGGGCCCUUUUCGGGCUUUCUGAUCAGCCUUUUGUAUUUAUCCUGCAGGAUAACGCUAAAUUCUGCGGAUACCGGAGGAUACAAGUACGAGGUGGAGGUGGAGCCGUUGAGCGGAUCCGAGCGAGACCAAGUGGGUGAUGACCUGCCACAGGAAGGAACUUGGACGGGCUUUCAGAGUGACCCUGUUGCUGUCCUUGGUAACGCCGCGCCGACCCCGGUCGACCUCCUAGGGAAAUGCCACGACGAGCUCGACCUCGCUAUCCUCCUGGAUGCUUCCUAUUCGAUCACCACCACCGGCUGGGAAGGCAUAGCAACAGCUACUAAGGACUUGAUUGACAAGCUGGACAUUUCACCCGCGGGAACGCACGUGUCGCUCAUGAAGUUCAGCACAGACGUGGAGACUUUCUACAUGUUUGAUAACCAGGCCACCAAGGACAGACUCAAGUCCCUGAUUGACAAGAUGGAGUAUGACGGCGAAUGGUCACGUACGGACAUCGCACUAAACGCCGCUAAGAACCACAUCUUCGUGCCGUCUACCGGGGCAAGAGGUGACGCGCCCAAGGCCAUCGUGCUGUUCACGGAUGGCAAGACGGACGGACCUACCCCCAUAGACCGUAAUAUCGACUGGGUAGCUUCCCUAAUCAAGCCCUUACAAGAUCUCAGGGACGCGAACGUCACAAUCUUCUGCGUUGCAAGUGGCAACCAUCCAGACUACAGCCAGAUUAAUUGGUUAGCUGGAGACCGCGCCAGGGUCUUCACCACUGGUGACAUGGACGCGCUUGUGGGAAGCCUGGGUCGGGCUAGCAAGAAAGUCUGCCCUUAUAUCACAGGAUCAGGUACACCAUUACCAUCUUCUCCUGUAUCACCACUACCAUCACCAGUGCCAUCAGUAGCACCCACGCCUUCCCAGACAUACUGUACUUCUACUCCCGCAAGCUGUACCCCUACUACAACUUGCUAUCUUCAGGUACCAACGUGCAUCCUUAUCCCGCCAGUCAAUCCUUGCACACCUGUCACGACCACCUGCGAGAAGACCAUAAGCGUCACUAAAACUCAGACACUUCCACCCGACACGUGUACCCUGACCACCACCAGCAUGUCCACGUGCACAGUGCCUGGACCUUGCGUGACAACCACGUGCAUCAAAACAAAGGACGUCACGACAACAAAGGUACUUCCGCCACAGACGUGCACCGUGACGACUACCAAGCUCGCGACGUGCACUCCCUCGCAGACGUGCUACCCCAACGUACCAGCUUGCGUCCUGAUCCCCGCGACCACGCCCUGCGUGGCGACCACAACCACGUGCUUCAAGGAGACGAGCGUGACCAAGACUGAAUUCAUUAGGCCUACAGUCACGUGCACAGAGACAACCACCAAGGUUGUGACGUGCACGCCAACAGCUAACUGCUAUCCGCCCGGCGCCGCCUCGUGCGUAAAUCUAUUUAUAGUACAAGCAUGUAACACAAUCACUAGCACCGUUUCGUGCCCCAAGGAUGUGUCUUCUACCGAAACAGUAAGCGUGACCUCUGCACCGACGGCAACCUUGACCUCUGCACCGACGGCAACCGUGACCCCGACGGCAUCCAACGCCUUUACAGAGACAACAACCGUCACAUCCACCACCACCAUUACAGUGCUACCUCAACCGACAUCGGCAUCCUCUAGUAUAACCCCUUCUUCAACCCCUGCCACGGGAACCGCCACUAUUGCUACUGCAACCUAUUCUGUACCGCCCUCAGUCGCUCCGACCGCUAAAAAGAGACAAGACAUCGCGUCUCCUGUCCAGCCGUCUCCAUCCUGGGUCAUGGUGCCUUCUGGAUCUGUUAUGAAGACUACGGUUACUGUUUGGGAGACGAAGUUCGUGACCGCGUCUAAUAUUGCCUGGUCGACAAUAUCGUCGCCUUUACCGAUGACGACUGUGUUUGUCACCACCACAGUUGCUCCAUCGUCGUCAUCAGCAGAGCCAGUCUCGGCCAGCACUGACCCAGCGUCUGCCCCGGCAGCCCCGAGUGCAGACGAGAAAGAAAAGGAGGAGAAGAAGAAAGAGAAGCGCUCAGUCAGUCCAUUCAUGAAAAAAGUCAUACCCAGCUUUAUAAAGCGAUGGGUCGGAAUCCAGUAUUAGAGGGAUUGUCUUGUCAGAGUGUUUUGAGAGAAAAGCGAUCGUGAUGUCUCAUGCGCGUGCCAUGAUCGCGAUCGUGAGUCUGAUCGUGUUUAUUUGUGUGAUAGUAAUCGUGACUGUGAUUGCCCAUCACCGGAGAUACCAUUGGUCGAUAUUCGAGAAUUGAGAGAUUGAAGUUGCUAUCACGUGCCGCUCAUUGAGCCAAUCAGAGUUAUAGUCACGUGUCUUGAGUAGAGCCAAAAACUUUUUUUCCUGUGCUCAAAUCAGAAUUAUGGCCACAACAUUUAAAUAACUGUAUAUCAUCUUAUUUUAUUCAUUAAUUUCUGUAUUUAACAGAGUUUACAAUGUAGCAUGUUUGAUUAUGCGCCAAUGCAUACUUCUUUACCUUCUGAAAUAAAGGUUUUCUGUCAGAUCAUUUUGAAACGAACUGGUCCUUCUCUACAAACGCUACCCAAACUCCUAUCUCGGAAACAUUCCACAGGCUAGUUCUCUAUAGAGGAAA